AUGAAUUGCACUUAUCAUAUUCAAAAUCCCAUCAUUACGAUAUGUAUAGCUCCUCAUAAGUGCUAAAGGAAACUUUGUGUAGUAUGCCAAUAUGAACAUGGAGUGGAUUCGAAAUUGACCAUCCCAAUUUAACUAUUUAGAUAAAGGGCUAUAUAGAAAUUAAAAGACUCUAAGCUUGAGGAGACAUCUGAGAUUACCAAAUAGAGAGUGGCAUUUAAAGCAUUGCUCACUCAAACCGAAUUAAUGAUGAAGACAAUUUGGGAAGAGUUGUCACAAUCAAUCAAAUAAGUUUAUGAUUGGAUUGAAAAGUAAAACUAAUCAUACUUUAACCUCAUUAAUGAAAACACCAAUCUAGCUGAAUCCUCUUACACUGAUAUAGAAAAAUUAGUAAACAUUGUAGAAGGAUCAACUUUAAAUGAUUGGAAUGUUGAGAAGAAUUCUUAUAUGAAGUAGUUAGAUAAGACCAAGAGCUGGUGGGACCAACAUAUAAAGGCUUUUAUUGAGAAGUCUAACUAAGGAAUCCAAUAGAUCCAAUCAUUAAUUAAGUAAGUAUUUAUUUAUUAUUGUAGAAUUUCACCUAAUCAAGAAGAAGAAUCACAAGAAGUAUAUUAAAUGAAGGAAGAUCUUUAUGAGAUGCUAACCUACAUCCAGGAUAUAGAUGAAUCUCUCUAUUAGAAGAUUCUUAAUAUAAUUAGAUAAGAGAAAGUUUCAGACAUUAUUGGAUUUCUGUCGAAGAAAAACAAUCAACAGUUUUAGGAAUCUUUAAACAACAAUCAAGAGAAUAUAAUGGAGAUCAAGAAGUAAGUAAAGAAAAUAACAAAUGUCUUGAAGAAUAUUUAGGAUCAUAAAUUUAGUAAGAAUGACUAUUCUUCUGAGACUUAUGAAAAGGAAAGAGCGGAUCUGAUCAAGAAGAUAAAGGAUAACAAAGGGAUCACAUAUUUCUUGAAAUUUUUAGUACUACUCACAAGCUUUGAUGUAAAUUUUACUCAAUGUGGAUCAAAUGGACUUAGUUUAUUAGUGGCCAUGAAGGUUGAUAUAAGGAACCAAUCAUUUGAGAAUAUACGGAUCAAGAAUACAUCUUUGAUUGGUGGUAAUUUUGUAAGAUGUAAUUUGAAUGGAUCAGAAUUUGAGAAUGUUGAUAUUAGCGGAGUUAAUUUUAAUGGAGCUUAAAUGUUCAAUUGUAAAUGGAAGAACAUAAAAGUCCAUGAAUUGAAUAAGUUGGAUGGUCAUAGUAGUUAUGUUUGGUCAGUCUGUUUCUCUCCUGAUGGAAAUACAUUAGCUUCUGGUAGUAAUGAUAACUCUAUCCGUCUAUGGGAUGUAAAGACAGGAUAAUAAAAAGCCAAAUUAGAUGGUCAUAAUGGUGGUAUAUUGUCAGUCUGUUUCUCUCCUGAUGGAAAUACAUUAGCUUCUGGUAGUAGUGAUUAGUCUAUCCGUCUAUGGGAUGUCAAAACAGGAUAAUAAAAAGCCAAAUUAAAUGGUCAUAGUAAUGGAAUCUUGUCAGUUUGUUUCUCUCCUGAUGGAAAUAUAUUAGCUUCUGGUAGUUGGGAUAACUCUAUCCGUCUAUGGGAAAUCAAAA